AUGGACAACUUCCUCAAGGUAAUAAAUGAGCUACAGGACGUUUUUAGCACUGUUGGAUCUUCUCCUGAUUCAAUAAAGCUACCCCAAAUAGUGGUGGUUGGCUCCCAAAGUGCUGGAAAGAGCUCUGUCCUUGAGGGUAUCGUUAGAAAGAACUUUCUGCCAAGAGGAGGUGGCAUUGUGACAAGAAGACCUCUUAUCAUACAGAUCACACAGGAAAAUAUUUCUAACCAAUCCUGGGCAUGCUUCCUGCACAAUCCUGAUAAAAAGUAUACCGACUUUGAUGAAGUAAGAGAUGAAAUAGUUGCUGAGACUGAUAGGCUUUGUGGCAACAGCAAAAAUAUCCUGCCUGACCCCAUAACACUGAAGAUCUACUCAUCGGAUUUGCCAACCCUGACUCUCGUUGACCUUCCAGGGGUAGUCAAAGUUCCAGUUGAUGGUCAGCCUGAAAAUAUUGAAGAACAAACAAUCAACCUGGUAAAAAGUUUUGUGCAAAAUCCUAACAGCAUUAUCUUAGCAGUUUCACCUGGUAAUGUCGAUCUUGCCAAUUCUGAAGCACUUAAGAUAGCAAGACAAGUUGAUCCAGAAAGUCGAAGAACAGUAGCAGUCAUCACAAAGGCUGAUUUAAUGGAAAGGACAACAGAAAAUAGGCUGGUGCUGGAGGGAAAGUCUAUUCCUGUAAAGCUUGGGAUAAUAGGAGUCAUAAACCGGAGUCAGGCAAAAAUAGAUCAGGAACAACCAAUAGAUAAAUGCCUAGAAGAGGAGGAGCUCUUCUUUAAGUCCCACUACCAAUACAUUUCAGGAGAAAUGGGCACACCAUACCUUACUAAAAGGCUGUGCAAAAUACUGCUAGAAAAUGUCAAAGAAUGUCUUCCUGAACUAAUAAUCCGAAUAACAGAGCAGAAGGUUCUCCAACAGAACAUUUUAGACUCCCUGGGAACAAAGGUUGAUGAUCCCUUUGAGAUGUUAAUCCAACUAUUAUAUAAGUUUUGUCAAACCUUUGACAGCAACAUAGAUGGAAAAGAAUCUAUCAAAUUGCCUAAUGGUAAAGAAAUUUCUGGUGGAAGACAUUUGUUUCAACAGUUUGAAAGAACGAUUGGGACCGAUUUAGAACACCUCAUUCUCCCUGAGGAUAUCGAGCAGCAAAUUGAGCAAGAAAUCAUGAGUUCAUCAGGAGCAAAACCCGCGCUAUUCACCCCAAAUAUUGCUUUUGAGAAUCUGGCAUCAAAUCAGGUUCAAAUUUAUGUGAAACCUGUCAAGAAAUCCAUCAAGAAAUGCUGUGAGACUAUUACAGAAAUCACAAUGCAGCUCAGCAAACAGGUUUUCAAGCGCUUUCCCAACUUAAAAAGGGAGGCUCAUCACAUUUGCCUUUCUCUAAUUAUGUCAAAGACUCAGGCAGUGGAACAAUUCCUUGAUAACUACUUGAAGUGUGAGAUAUGCUACAUCAACACAAACCACAAGCUCUUUGCAAAAGAUAGACAAAGGAUUGAGGUUGAGAGUUUAGAUGCAGACGGCGAAAAUCUCCCAUUUGAAAAACAAAAUGUGAAAAGGAUAAGAGCACUGUUGGAACUUUAUUCAAACAUCAUCAAAAAUCAGCUGAUGGACGUUGUCCCAAAGACGGUUAUGAGCUUUAUGGUUUAUGGUUUCAAAGAGGACCUCCACAAAGAACUGAUUAAAAGAUUGGCCAACCAACAGAAAGUAGGAGACUUAAUGAAAGAGGAUGUCUUUAUCGAAGAAAAGAGAGAAAAAGCUGCUAAGAUGCUACAGGCUUUAGAGCAGGCUGAUGCAGUGACAUGCCUCCUUGAUUAAAUAAGACGACAUUUGCAUUUAAUCUUGGAGAAAUGAUAAAUUAACUGUGUAUGAGACAUAUCACUGUAACAUAUGUGGCCAUCUUUAAAGACUACCCCUGCCAUGCCAAUGCUAUAUAUGGACCCCGUUCUAAAAAGUAAACAGCAGACGAAACAUUUUGGACAAAACUUAAAUUCAUUCUAGAAUUAUUGUUGAGAAAAGACAAUUUUUUACUUCAAAUUAGAAUUUGUGUAAGAGUAAUUAUU